AUGGCUGAGCGGGAAGAUGGCGGCGGUUUGGUGAUGGGGUCUAGUUCCCGGGCUGGUGGCGCCAGGAGGCCAAGACGGGGCGGCCUGGCCCGUUCCCCACCCGCUCCCGGGGGCUGCAGCCACUUCGGGUCUGCGGCCCCCGCCCGGCCUGUGCUGAGUCCCCCGCCCGGCCUGGAGCGCUCCCUGUGGGGCAGCGGCAGCCCGAGCCGCUCAGGGCGAUGCCAACAGAUGAAUAUUCCUGAUGACCAAGCAGACAAGCUGCUCCUAGCAAGCUGGGGGCUUCCUGAAGUAGUUCUGGAGAAAUACCACAGUCUGGGAGUAGUGCAUAUGUUUGAAUGGCAAGUAGAGUGCCUGAUGCUUGGACAAGUCCUGGAGGGGAAGAACCUAGUUUACUCAGCUCCUACUAGUGCUGGGAAGACGCUAGUUGCUGAGUUACUCAUCUUGAAGAGAGUCCUGGAGACCCAUAAGAAAGCUCUGUUCAUCCUCCCCUUUGUCUCUGUGGCCAAAGAGAAAAAGUAUUACCUGCAGACUCUGUUUCAGGAGGUGGGUGUGCGGGUAGAAGGCUAUAUGGGAAGUACUUCCCCUGCUGGACGUUUCUCAGCACUAGAUGUUGCUGUCUGCACCAUUGAGAGAGCCAACGGACUAAUCAAUAGACUCAUAGAGGAGAACAAGAUGGACUCACUGGGGAUGGUGGUUGUGGAUGAGUUGCACAUGCUGGGAGAUUCUCACCGAGGAUAUCUGCUGGAACUCCUGCUGACCAAAGUUCGAUUUGUUACAGAGAAAGUUGCUAAAAGACAGACAAAGGAGAAAAGUCCUGUUUUUGACAGCAUACAGAUAGUAGGCAUGAGUGCCACCCUCCCUAACCUGGGUCUUCUGGCCUCCUGGCUGAAUGCUGAGCUGUACCAUACUGAUUUUCGCCCUGUACCCCUUAUGGAGUGGGUGAAAAUUGGCCGUAAUAUUUAUGACUCUUCAAUGAAGCUCGUGCGGGAAUUCCAACCCAUGCUGCAAGUGAAGGGAGAUGAAGACCAUGUGGUGAGCCUGUGUUACGAGACCAUUCGCGAUGGCCAUUCAGUCCUACUCUUCUGUCCAUCCAAGAACUGGUGUGAAAAACUGGCAGACAUCAUAGCCAGGGAGUUCUACAAUCUGCAACACUGGUCCCUGCAGCAGUCUGAGAGGUUUACCAAAACCUCAGCACUUUCACCAGUUGCCUUGGACAAGGAAGGAAUAGAAGAGGUGAUGGACCAGCUAAGGCGCUCGCCGUCCGGUCUGGACUCUGUGCUCCAGCGUACUUUACCAUGGGGAGUGGCAUUUCAUCAUGCAGGUCUUACUUUUGAUGAACGGGAUAUCAUUGAAGGGGCCUUUCGCCGGGGGUUGAUUCGAGUCCUGGCAGCAACAUCCACCCUUUCUUCUGGGGUGAAUCUGCCUGCACAUCGGGUAAUUAUCCGAACACCUGUGUUUGGUGGCAGACUCCUGGACAUCCUAACUUACAAACAGAUGGCUGGGAGGGCUGGCAGGAAAGGAGUAGACAUAGUGGGUGAGAGCAUUCUAGUGUGCAAGUCCUCUGAGAGAUCGAAAGGCAUUGCUCUGCUUCAGGGAUCACUCAAGCCUGUCCACAGCUGUUUGUUCAGAGGAAAGGGGGAAGGGGUUACAUCUAGCAUGAUACGAGCGAUCCUGGAGAUCAUAGUGGGUGGAGUGGCCAGCACUCCAGAUGAUGUGCGGACCUACGCUUCCUGCACACUCCUUGCUGCCAGUCUGGAAGGCAGCGAUCAGAAAAGUGAGAGAGAUGAAGACAGAGCUCAGAAUGGAGCUGUUGAGGCUUGUGUGAGAUGGCUGCUAGAGAAUGAGUUCAUCCAGAUUUUAGACUCUGGCAAUGGAAUGAAAGCAGAGGUCUAUCGUCCAACACAUCUUGGCACUGCUACUCUUUCCUCUUCUCUGUCACCAACUGAGGCCCUGGGAAUCUUUGCUGACCUCCAGAGAGCCAUGAAGGGUUUUGUCCUGGAGAAUGACCUGCAUAUUCUCUAUUUGGUCACUCCUGUGUACGAGGAGUGGACCACUAUUGACUGGUAUCAGUUUUUCUGCCUGUGGGAGAAGCUGCCUUCAUCUAUGAAGCGAGUGGCUGAGCUGGUGGGAAUUGAAGAAGGCUUCCUGGCUCGCUCUGUAAAGGGCAAAAUCAUAGCUAAAACAGAGAAACAGCACAGGCAAAUGGCCAUUCAUAAAAGGUUUUUCACCAGCCUUGCCCUACUGGAUUUAAUCAGUGAGGUUCCCUUAAAGGAUAUUACUAAGAAAUAUAACUGUAGUCGUGGCCAGCUUCAGUCCUUGCAACAGUCUGCUGCCACCUAUGCAGGGAUGGUAACAGUUUUCUCUAACCGUCUGGGAUGGCACAACAUGGAACAGUUGCUCUCCCAGUUCCAGAGUCGCCUCACCUUUGGUGUCCAGAGGGAGCUGUGUGACCUGGUUCGGGUAUCUCUGCUGAAUGCACAGUAUGCCAGAGCUCUUUAUAAUGCUGGCUUCAUCACAGUGGCUGAUCUUGCUAAAGGAAAUACUGCUGAAGUGGAAACUGCCCUGAAGAAUGCUGUACCAUUCAAAAGCAUUCGUAGGGCAGUGGAUGAAGAUGAAGAGGCAGCUGAGGAGCGUCGGAAUACCCACUGUAUCUGGAUGGUGGGAAUGAAGGGCUUAACCGAAAGUGAAGCAGCAUCCCUUAUUGUGGAGGAAGCUAGAAUACUCCUACAACAGGACUUGGCUAUGAUGGGAGUGCAAUGGAGCCCAGAUUCUUUUCUUGAGUCUGAUACAUCUUCCAUGACCAGCAGUGAAUCAGAGCUGGAGGACAGAAAAUGUAAACUGAAUGGGGAAUGUUCACUAGGGAUUUUAAAAGUAUUCAGCAAUGAAGGGUACAGAAUUCUACCUGAUAAAGGCACCCAUUUUCAAGCUGGGAAUUCAUCAAAUAUUAAAAAGGGAAAUAAAAGGCUGUUAAGUGGUAGUAUGUCAAACCCCAGACCCCAAAAUGAAUUGCAGGAAGAUCACACCCAGACAAAGGAGAGAAAUGGUGAUGUCAUUGUAUACAGCGCUAGAAAGCGGCCAAAUUUGGGCAAAGGUAAAGAAAACAGGGAAGUUACUUUUCUGACCAAAAGUGAGGCAGGCUCUGGGGCAACAACUCAAGAAUUCCCUACUGAAAAGGUGAAAAGACCAACUUUGAACUUCACUUCACGGAAAACUUCUAAGGCAUCUGGGUACAGGAGGACUAUGGACACUAGUUUCAGUCAAACUGAGGGCAAAAGCACUGUUUCAAAACAGCAUCAGUUGCUGCUUGAUGAGUCAAGGAUGCACACAACAGAGAUAAAUGGGCCCUCUGUAUCCAGUCGUAGCAAGUCUAAAGCUAAGUCUUUUUCAGAUCGAAAGAACAAGGAAUUUGGAGAAAACGAAUCAUCUGCUCACAAGCUCUUCACUGUCAAAGGCUCAGAAUCUUUACAGGUGGACGAAAUGCAACCAGAGAGCAAAGAGAUAAUGGCGGAAUUACUUACAGAGCCUUCCACUACUAAUAAAUCCAAUCCUAAAGAAACAGUGAAUCCCCUGGAAGCUAGGGAUACUGUAGUGAGGGAUGCUCCACCCACGAAUAUGGAGACAGAUGAUACUAUGCGAGACCUGGGAAUUUCUAGCAGGUCAGCGAAAAAUGAAUACAUGGGUGUUAAACAGAGCAAAAUCCAACCAGUUACAAACUGUGCUGAAAAGAUACCUGCCAAAGAACAAAUGGUUCUAGGCACAGAACUUUGUAAUGAUGGAGCCAGCAGUUCUGCAAACAUGCACGUGAGCACUAGUGCUAGCAAACAGAAAACUGUUUAUUUUUACCCUGAUGAAAAUAAAUCCUUUCAUUUUCAAAUUCAAAAUGAUGGCAAAACAUGUACUGAAAAGCCCAAUGGAAUAUUGUUACAAACUGGAGGCGUGGGUAAAGCAGAUAAUCAGCCUGAGGAUUUUCUGAAAGACUCCACAGUAAAAUCCAGAGCUAUUUGUGUUGCAAAAGAUAUUAAAAAUGGUUAUUCUCCUGAUCUGUAUUCAGCUUCCAAAGAAUUUGAAGACAGCUUCCAGUUGGAUACACAGACUGAUAGGCUAUUACAACAGCAGGUGGCAGCUGAAAUUGCAAGACAGCAGGGAGAAAAAGAUACAGAGCGGGCAGAGAUACCUGUGCAGAAAAUCUCCAUGAAACUACACUGUGCCAGCACUUUACAAAAUGAAGAUGUUGCAAAUGAAAAGCUAGCUGCAGCACUUAGAAAAGUGGUCUGUUCAAAUCUUGGGACAAGAAAUACCACGAAAGAAACCACAGAUUUACAUUGCACUAAUGCUUUGGGCUCUAGAAGCCCUAAUUUACAGCCUGCAAUCAAAUGCACAGAAUCUGCAUUUUGCUUUAAAGGAAAUGAUUUUUCUUUCACUGACUCACAACUAUGUAGCUUUUUACAAGGUUAUCAGACCCAAAAUUCAGUGAAGGAAAGUGCUUCUCAGAAGGCAGUCUCUCCCGCCAAUGCCCAGUGCCCUCACACUGUGCUUGUACAAGUUGAGUGCCAUCCCCCUCCUGAAACUGGUCUGAAUAUGAGUGACAGUUUAUUGUUUGAUGAUAGCUUCAGUUAUGUCAAUGGCCCUCCAGAUAUGCACACAGAUGAGGCUGAAGGGGCAGAAUCUGGGGAACAGAAGGUUGUGACUCCUCCCUCUAAAGCCACUUCCAGCUCUCUUGCUGAUAUUUUGCAUCAGCAGAACCUGGAACCCAUUCGGGAUAUAUUAACUGUCAGUGUAAACUGGAAUGAGCAUCAGCAUCCAGCACAGUGUAAUGAUGUGUCUGUUAUAUUAUCUGAUAUAGAUUCUUUGCAGAUAGCUGAAGCUUUAGGUAAUGUAGACUUGCCUCCUUGUCAAGGAGACAGUCUGUCUGCAGCUCUUGUUGAGCUAGGGUUAAGAAAACUAAGGCGUGAGGAGGAUGAUCCUAGACCAGAGGGGACAAGACUGGAUCAAGGUGAAAGGCCCCAGAAUGCCCAACAAGCUGUGCAAAAGAAUACCAAUCCAGUGGUAUGGUCUGAUCAUUCAUUUGACAUAAGCCCAGGGUUGCAAGAUAUUUUAGACAGAUGGCCUAGUCCUUCAGAUAAUAAACCUGUUGUUUUAAGUCCAAGUGUCUCCUCCUCAAAAGGAAAGUUCGUAAUCUCAAACAGUAAACAAGAGCCAGGUGCAAUUUCUGAAUUCAGCUAUUGUCAGAGAGAGUCAUUAUCUACUUGCCAGGGUUUAAAGAACUAUUUCAAAGUUAGAGAGAGCAAUAAGGGAGCCCUGGAUGUUCAGAAACCAGCUUAUAACCCUCUGCUGCUCAAAGGAAGCAACAGAAUAUCUGACCCCCAACCGGAUAUCAGAAAAGGACUUAUUCCUCCAACGCCUCCUAAGGAACCUGUUCCAAAAAGUUUUGGCACAUCUUCUCUAACGUUUGGAAAAAACAAAAAUGUCAGCCGCAUAGAUGAAGUACCACCUUUUCAGCCACUGCAGAAUGGCAAACCUAGUUCAGACCACCAUAUAGAAACACUGCCAUUUAAGCCUGGUAAUGGAGAAACAUGUGAGGUUUUGCUUGAGACUAACCCUGUAAAAGACAAUUCUGUUAUAGACCAAGGCUUUUCAUUGCAAUUAUCUCAACAUGUUUUGCCACUUAUUUCAUGCAGUGCUGAAAGCUUCACUAUUAUUGAUGUGGCAAGUGACAAAGCUCUCUUCCAGACCUUCAUCAGAGAGUGGAGGAACAAUAGCAGAUUUGCCAUCUCGGUGGCUUGUGAAAGAACAAAAUGUCUCUUGUCCACCAAGUCAACUAUAGGUGGCAGAUUCAAACAAGUAAGAUCUCCCCAGCGGAUCCAGGUUAAAGAUGAUGGGUUUCCUAUCAAAGGCUGUGAAGACAUCUUGGUAGUUGGAUUGUCUGUAUGCUGGGGUGGAAAGGAUGCCUACUAUAUCUCAUUGCAGCAGAAACAAGAUGACCAGACUGAAAUCAGUGCCAGCUUGGCACCACCUCCUUUGGAUCAGAACCUGUCUGUGACUGAGAGAUUAUGUCAAGUACAGUCCUGCUUGCAGAAGGAAUCUGAGAGCGCGCACUCACUUGUCAUGUACAACCUCAUCCAGCACUAUAAGACCCUUCUGUUGGCUUGUGGCAUCUCCCUGGAAGGAAGUUUUGAGGACCCAAAGGUAGCAUGCUGGCUGCUGGAUCCUGGCUCUAAGGAGCGUACCCUUCACAACAUGGUAACCAACUUUCUCCCUCACGAACUGCCCUUGCUUGAAGGGAUGGGAACUGGCCAAGGAGUUCAGAGCCUGGGACUUAGUGCCAAUGCUGAUUACUCUGGCCGGUACCGAGCAGCCAUAGAAUCUGUGCUCAUCUUCAACACCAUGAACCAACUCAAUUCCUUGUUGCAGAAGGAAAAUCUAACAGAUGUUUUCCAUAAAGUGGAGAUGCCCACCCAAUACUGCUUGGCCCUGCUGGAACUGAAUGGAAUAGGUUUUAGCACAACAGAGUGCGAGACCCAAAAACAUGUCAUGCAAGCUAAACUGAAUGAGAUUGAGGCCCAGGCUUAUCAGAUGGCAGGCCACAGCUUCUCUUUGACCAGCCCUGAUGACAUUGCAGAGGUCUUGUUUUUGGAGCUGAAGUUGCCACCAAAUGGAGACGUGAAAAUACAAGGGAACAAGAAAACUCUGGGUUAUACCAGAAGAGCUACUGCUAAUGGAAACAGGGUCAGGUUGGGCAAGCAGUUCAGUACGACCAAGGAUGUUUUGGAAAAAUUAAAGGCCUUACACCCAUUACCGGGCCUGAUUCUAGAAUGGAGGAGGAUCACCAAUGCAAUGACCAAAGUAGUGUUUCCACUGCAGAGGGAGAAACGUUUGAAUCCUGCACUGGGGAUGGAGAGGAUCUAUCCUAUAUCUCAGACUCACACUGCUACAGGUCGCAUAAGCUUCAUAGAACCUAAUAUCCAGAAUGUGCCGAAAGACUUUGAGAUUGAAAUGCCAACCGUGGUUGGAGAGAGCCCACCGUCCCAAGCACGAGGGUGUGGUGCUACUUUUCCUGGGGGCAGAGGUAGAAAGCGGUGCAGUACCUUGCCUUGUGGCCUCAAGGUUUUGGCUGAUGAAGGAACCAAAGAAAGAGGGAUGCCAUUUUCUGUUAGCAUGAGGCAUGCUUUUGUUCCUUUUCCAGGAGGUUUAAUCUUGGCUGCUGAUUACUCCCAACUCGAGCUGAGGAUCCUUGCUCACUUGUCUCGGGACCGCCGGCUCAUUGAGGUCUUGAACAGUGGAGCUGAUGUCUUCAAGAGCAUUGCAGCUGAGUGGAAGAUGAUUGAUGCUGAAGCUGUUGGAGAUGAGAUAAGGCAACAAGCCAAGCAGAUUUGCUAUGGAAUCAUCUAUGGAAUGGGAGCUAAAUCUUUAGGAGAACAGAUGGGUAUUGAGGAAAAUGAUGCUGCCUGCUACAUCGAAUCCUUCAAAUCCAGAUACCCAGGGAUUCAAAAAUUCCUGAGGGAGACGGUGAAGAAAUGCAGCAGGGAUGGUUUUGUGCAGACCAUCCUGGGGAGGCGCAGAUACCUGCCAGCUAUCAAAGAUCCAAACCCUUACAGCAAAGCUCAUGCAGAGCGCCAGGCUGUGAACACAGCAGUUCAGGGUUCUGCUGCUGACAUUGUCAAAACAGCCACUGUGAACAUUCAGAGGCGGCUUGAAGCAUUCCCCUCGGCAGUGAAGUCCCAUGGACAUCUGGAGAGCUCAUUCCAGAGCAACAGGGCAGGAAGGUUAGAGAGGAGAAGAAACAGAGGGAUGUUACAGAGUGGAGGUUUCUUCGUCCUCCAGCUCCAUGAUGAGCUCCUCUAUGAGGUUGCAGAAGAUAGUGUAAUUCAGGUAGCUCAGAUUGUCAAAUUUGAGAUGGAAAAUGCCAUAAAACUCUCAGUGAAGCUGAAUGUUAAAGUGAAAAUUGGGCCUAGCUGGGGAGACCUGCAGGAGCUGGAGUUGUGA